ACGACCCUCCCCACCCCAGUCCGGUCAUUCGUCUUAUCGAGACAACGUCACUCAGUAUACCAACGAUCCUAGCAGGACCGAGCGUCAAGACGAGAUGAUGGACGUACCGUCGAUACAGGUCGGAGGAGUCCCUGUCAUCAACCUCAACAGUCCUCAGCCGACUUACCCGGCUCAGACUUAUACCGCGCAUCCCGUGCAGCAACAGCAGCAACCUCCAUCAUACCAUAAUCAGCAUGAAUCAUCGGCAGUAUCACCGGGCGCUCAAGGCCAUGCUCAACCUCAAGCUUAUAUCCCACAACACGUCCUUCCUAAACCCAACGACCAGCGUGCCAUGUCGGUCGAGAUGAUGGGCGUGGGCGGUCUGAGCUUGUCCUCAUCAUCCUCCAACCCCGCUUCCGCGUCCACGUCUGCAUCUACGCAGGGAUACGUCGGGUACAAGCCGGAGUCGAUGCAAGAUGGGAAUGGGGACGGAGCGGGAGGUGUGCAAAGCCCGGUCCCGCAAGGUCAGGUGAGACAGCCUAGUGCAGAGGAAGAACGGUUGAAGGACAAGGUCAGGGAGGCUCAAGAACAGGCCGCUCAAGCACAACAAGCACUCCAGUACGCCGAACAACAGGCACGUGUUGCCACGAUCAACGCCGUGGCCACUCAAGCGGCUUUCGAGCAGGUUGCUGUGGCCGCCGGAGGGACGCCGGGGACGACCACGCCAUCGGCGAAUGUCAAGGCUGCGGCGAGAAAGACGGCGGGGAGGUAUGCGCUGGCGGAUUUCCAGAUCGAACGAACAUUAGGAACCGGUUCGUUCGGCCGUGUCCACCUCGUCCGGUCAAAGCACAACGGUCGAUUCUACGCGAUCAAGGUCCUUAAUAAGGAAAAGGUCGUUCGGAUGAAACAGGUCGAACACACAAACUCGGAGAGGGAGAUGCUCGUCCGCGUCAGACAUCCGUUCCUGGUCAAUCUCUGGGGGACGUUUCAUGAUGUCAAUAAUCUGUACAUGGUCAUGGAUUUCGUAGCAGGUGGGGAACUGUUCAGUCUGUUACGAAAGAGUCAGCGUUUCCCCAACUCGGUCGCCAAGUUUUACGCGGCCGAAGUGGCAUUGGCGCUCGACUACCUACAUUCCUUGAACAUCAUCUACCGGGACUUGAAACCGGAAAAUCUGUUGCUCGGCGCAGAUGGGCAUAUCAAGGUCACCGAUUUCGGGUUCGCCAAGCAUGUACCGGAUAUCACGUGGACAUUGUGUGGAACGCCGGAUUAUCUGGCCCCCGAGGUGGUUCAGAGCAAAGGUUACAACAAGAGUGUCGACUGGUACGCGCUCGGAGUCUUGAUCUUUGAAAUGCUGGCCGGAUAUCCGCCAUUCUUCACCGAGGAUGGCAACCCGAUGAAGUUGUAUGAAAAGGUCAUUGCUGGAAAAGUACGGUAUCCGACCUACUUUGACGGUCUUGCACGGGAUCUACUCAAGAACCUGUUGACGGGCGAUCUUACCAAACGUUUCGGUAACUUGCGAGGAGGUUCAGCAGAUAUCUUCAGCCACGGUUGGUACGCUGAGGUCGAUUGGGACAAGCUCUAUCGGAGAGAGAUACCGGCACCUUAUGUGCCCAAGAUUGAGGGAGACGGCGAUGCUAGCCAGUUCGACCGAUAUCAGGAAGCAGAUGUUACUGCGUACGGAAAGACGGGGACUGGCCCGCAUGAUAAUUUAUUCCCCGACUUUUAGAUGUAUCACAUGUAUCAAACGAAACACAUAAAGUUGCCCAUCGCGACAAGAAACAAUACCACGUCCGCAACAGCUUGUCCUGAUCAGUCUCUAAGGGU